AUGGAACAGAAGGAGACCGAGGAGCAGCUCCAGAUGCGCCGCGUCGCGUUUUUCGCGGUCGUCAUCUCCACCGCGGCCGUAAUCGCUAGUGUUGUCACACUGCCCAUGCUCUACAGCUAUGUCCAAUCGUUCCAAAGUCACCUCAUCGUCGAAACGGAGUACUGCAAGAGUCGAGCAAGAGACAUGUGGGUGGAGAUGCAAGUGUUGCAUAAGUCCGGCGUUCCUCGAUCUAAGAGAGAAGCUUCCGGAACAUGGUUGUUCGGACAAUUUGUCCCAGAUGGUGGAGCCGGCGGUGGAGGACAGUAUGUAGGCGGCCCUACAUCUGCAGGACAGUAUGCAGGCGGUCCUACAUCUGCUUCUGGUGGAAACGGUGGAAGCGAUGGAAGGGGUGGAAGCGGAAGUAAUGCUGGUGUUCCCUUCGCUAACGCCCCUAACGGUGGACCUUUGGGCAAUGUCGGUCUAGUGAGCGCUGGAGCUACUUCCAUCGACAUUGGACCAACUUGCUGUCCUUGCCAACAAGGUCCUGCUGGCCCUCCUGGUCCACCGGGAGACGAUGGACAUCCAGGAAACGAUGGGCAAGCUGGUGCACAUGGUGCCCCAGGAAAGGAAGGUUCCGUGCUCUCAUCGGCUCUUCCUCCUCAAGAACCAUGCAUCAUCUGCCCAAUGGGACCACCAGGUGCAGUUGGAAUGCAAGGACCAAAAGGACCACCUGGACCAAAAGGCAAAUCUCAAGAUCGCGCCGCCGAUGGAAAACCAGGAGAGCCAGGAAUGAUUGGUCCACCAGGGCCACCCGGAACCGUUGGAGAACCCGGUCCUCCUGGACCACAAGGACAACCUGGACGUGUUAUUCAGGUUAAUGGAGCUGCUGGCCCGGCUGGUCCUCCAGGACCUAAGGGACCACCUGGACCCAAAGGAUUGCCCGGAGUCAACGGAGUUAAUGAAGUUGGUGAACAGGGACCAGUUGGUGCUCCAGGUAAUCCAGGACCAGCUGGCGCUCCUGGACCACAGGGACCACAGGGACCAAUGGGACCAUUUGGAGAAGAAGGCUCAUGCGACCACUGUCCUGAGCCCCGUACACCACCUGGCUAUUAA